CAAAAAAGAAAAAAUGGGUCAUCUGUGGACUCUCCUCACGCACGCUCGCUCCCUUGCUGGGCCUAUGCUGAUGCUGUUCUAUCCUGUGUAAGAUACUUACUGGGUUCUUUCUUCGCCUGAUGCUUAUUAUGUCGGGUCAAUCAAUUGAAUCAAGGCAGGGAAGAGAUUUGAGGUUGAUGGUUGGUGGUCGUGUUCUCUCUCUGGGCAGGUACGCGUCUGUGAUGGCCAUAGAGAGCCCUUCCAAGAUAGACGAUGAGCAGUGGCUGGCUUACUGGAUCCUCUACUCCUUCCUCACCCACGUCGAGAUGCUCCUCCAGCCUCUUUUUGAGUGGAUACCCAUAUGGUACGAUGUGAAGCUCAUCUUGGCAGCGUGGCUGGUCCUCCCUCAGUUCCAAGGCGCAGCUUUCCUGUAUAAGAGAUUCGUGCGGGAGCACAUUCUCAAGUGGCAACCCAAGUCCAAGUCCUCCCAUACCACCUACCCCAAGGGCAUUCUCAAGAAAUCCAAGUCCAAGUCCUUCCCUACCUCCCCAAAUGGCAAACCCAAGUCCAAGAAGAAGGUCGUCCGCUUCAGCAUCCCCACGAACAAUUCGCACGAAUAGAGCAGCAGGAUAUGAUUUGCUGCGCUUCGAACUUGACGACGCCUGAUCUUUGAACGGAACUAGUUCGCUUUGGCUGGAAAUGAUAACAGAAGCUACAAGUUAGGGAAAAUACAAGAUGUGGAAAUGGUCUCCAUUGUGCCUGUCGCGUAGAUUCCUCUAAUUAGUCAAAAGCAAUGUGGGAAUGGAUGAGCACGAGCCAACUCUGAUGUCGACUUAUUUCUGUGGUCCCCAGACCCCACACGGAAUGGGAACUUUCAAGAUGCAAUCCCCCCUGCCUAUCAGUCUUAUCGCCCAAGGCCCUGAUGACCUUUGCAUCUUGUUUCCGAGAAAUGGACAUCUGUCCUAAUUAGCGAAAUACCUUUCAUCAAA